UUACAGAAAGAUCGUUCAACUUCCCGCGGCCGCGAAUUUUCGUCGUCUGGCCGUGGCGGGGUAGGCAACUUCCGCCAGCCAUCUGUCUCUCGUGGGACAGUAGACAGGACUUCCAUUGACGGUCCCGACGAUUUCUCCCCUACAAGAGGCAGGGAGAGGAACAACGCCUUUAAUAGUACCGACAAGGUUGUGUCUGUAGGCAGAGGUGGCGCUGGCAAUAUCCGCUCGCCCUCCCGUGCUCGUGGGGAAGACCUUUCGGAUGAUCGCGAUCGUAUUCGUGCGAUUGAUGAAUCAAACGAGAAUCACGCUUAUUCGUCAGGGAGGGGCGGCCUUGGGAAUAUCACUGUGUCCAAGUCGCGCUCGCGCUCUCGAGGGCCAGGCAAUGUCUUGGUACAUGGAACUGGACGUGGUGGCGUUGGCAACAUCAAGCGCGGCGAGCCCGUGGACGUGGAGAUCCGCCAAGUCGAAGAUGUUGAGAGGGCCGCAUAUCCGGUUAGCCCAGGAGUGCACUCGACAGGUCGUGGCGGAGUGGCGAACCUGACUGAGACCACCGCGCCACCUAUUGAGCGCGUCCCCCCUGGCCCUGGACACCCUCACGCCUCGCACGCCCACGAGUUUGAGUCGACCGGUCGUGGUGGUGCAGGCAAUAUU